AUGCGGCGCUCCGUGGCGCUUCCUCUGCUGGGGAAGAUGCACCCCAUGAAUGGUACAGUUCUGGUACUAUUUUUAGUCCGCUCCCCUGCGCUGCGGCAUAAUGUGACACGGGGGAACUGCGGCAGUGCAGGGGAGCGGGCUCCGGAAUGCAGGCGUCACGCAGUUGAGGAGGAUGAUGGCUGCGCUGCCACAGGCGUGCAGGCGCCGCGCAGGCGAGGCGGAGGACGGCCGCAGGGGCUCCGGCUACCAGGGUGGCCGGGGUUCAGCGCGGGCUCCGGCGUGCAGGCACCGCGCAGCUUGAGGAGGAUGACGGACGCAUUGCCACCGGCGUGCGGGCGCCGCUUAGGCGAGGCGGAGGACGGCCGCAGGGGCUUCGGCAUGCAGGCGCGGCUCGGCUCCGGCGUGCGGGCGCCACGCACGCGAGGCGAGAGACGGCCGCGCGGGCUCCGGCGUGCAGGGGCCGCAGUGGGUCCGGCGUGGAGGCGCCGCGCACGCGAGGCGGGAGACGGCCGCACGGGCUCCGGCGUCCAGGGGCGCGCUGGCGAGGGGCCCGAGGAUUGGGUCGGCGGGGUUGAGGGAAAGGGAGGAAGAGGAGGACGGCCGGGCGGGUGGGCGGGCGGGCUCAGCCAUAGUGGCGCCGAGGCGGAGCCGGAGGACGGCCGCGAGGGCUCCGGCGUGCAGGGGGCGCGCUAG